AUGGAUAAUAAAAAACUCCCCCUAGAAGAACAAGAAAUUGAUUAUGAAGCUGAAAGUAUUCAAGUUCCGAAAGGAGAUAUUGAAUCAGUCAGAAAUUAUCCAGCGAUGUAUAUUGGUUCGACUGAUGAACAAGCAGUGGCCGGUUAUUGUAGCCAAAUUAAAAUAACCCUUUCCGCUGACCAAAAAACAAUCACUGUCGAAGAUGAUGGUCGUGGUGCUCCAAUUGAAAAACAUCUCAUCAUCAAAAAAAACUCUUUAGAAACUAUUUUUACCAUUCUUCAUGCUGGCGGUAAACUGAAAAGCAAAGUCUACAAAACUUCAGGAGGAUUACACGGAAUAGGAGUAACUGCCGUUAACGCCUUUGUAGAAUGUCGCCAGCAAUUAGAAGAAUUAAGAAAACAAAUUAAAGAAUGUAAAAAUUGUAAGGAAAAAGACAAAACAGGCAUAGUUGAAUUCCGAGAAGGCGAUUUAAUAAAUUCACAAAUCAUUGAUACUCCGGGAAGACAUAGUGGAAUUACGGUUACUUUUACUCCUGAUCCAAAAAUUUUUCCUGAGUUUACUUAUUUCAAAAUUGAUACUAUUCAAAAUCGUUUAAAAGAUUUGGCUUAUCUUAAUCCUAAUUUAACUUUAAUUUUUUAUCCUUCUCCUGAUGCUGCACCAAUUACUUAUCAUUUUAGUAGUGGCUUAGCUGAAAAAUAUGACAAUCUAAAAUUAAGUAUAAAAGCCGACGACAUUUUAGAAGGGUUAACUGCUGUUUUGUCUAUUCGGGUGAAAGAUCCCCAAUUUUCCGGUCAAACUAAAUAUCGUUUAGCAAUGACUUCUGUGCGAGAAGUAGUUAAAAACAUUACUUACGAUUUGGUUAAAAAAUUCCUUCAAGACCACGGCAACAGUGCCGAAGCCAUUAGUAACAAAAUUAUUAUUACUGCCCAAAAUCGAGCCAAAUCCGAAGAAUAUCAAAAGUCCCUUCGUGAAAGUAGCCGAGGAGCAGUUUUGCCCGGUAAAUUAGCCCCUUGUAUUUCUAAAGAAGCCGCCGGCAAUGAGUUGUUUAUUGUGGAAGGACAAUCCGCUGGUGGUAGUGCCAAACUAGCUCGUGACCCUAAUAACCAAGCCGUUUUACCAGUCCAAGGAAAAAUUAUUAAUGUCGAAAAAGCCGAGCGAACCAAAAUCUUGGAAAAUGAAGAAGUUAAAAGUUUAAUUAAUGCUUUGGGAUUCAGUGUUAGCGAAGCCACUCAGAACUAUUAUAAUCGUUUUCAAACCAAAUUAGAAACUGGCAUUAACGAAGAGGAAUUAGAAAUACCUGAAGAAUUUGUUUACCAAGAUGAUACAGAGCAAGAGCAAAUAAUUCCGGCUCACACUACGCUUAGUUUGGAACAAGUAAAAACUAUAGUGGAAAAAACUAAACAUGGUUUAUUAAAAAAACUCCGCUACGGAAAAAUAGUGAUUAUGACGGACGCUGAUGCCGAUGGAAAACACAUCGAGUGCUUGGCUUUAACUUUUUUUGUUCGUUAUUUUCAAAAACACCAACAAGAAAAUAAAGGGACUGCUGGGCGUUUGCAACGAUUUAAAGGAUUAGGAGAAAUGAAUCCGCAACAGUUACGAGAAACUACUAUGGCAGUCAAAAAACGCUGUCUUCAUGAAUUACUUUUUCCUCAUCCUCCAACCAUUCAAGAAAUUAUUCAAGAUUUAAUGGGUUCUAAAAGUGAACCACGAAAAAAACGUUUAGAAAGCGGAGAACACAAAAAUGCCCAAUUAACAGUAGUUGAUAAUAAAGUAGAUAUCGGACAAGCCUUAUUAGUUAAGUUUUUGGAUUAUGCCUAUGCCGUAGUAGAAGAUCGAGCCUUACCUCAAUUAUAUGAUGGUUUAAAACCAGUUCAACGCCGAAUACUCUAUACCCUUUAUGAAUUAGGACUUUUACCUAGCAAAGCUCACCGCAAAGCAGCUAAAGUAGUUGGUGAUGUAAUUGGGAAAUACCAUCCUCACGGCGACCAAAGUGUUUACCAAGCAAUGGUCAAAAUGGCUCAAGAUUUUAGUUUUCGCUAUCCUUUGGUUGACGGUCAAGGAAACUGGGGUUCAAGAGAUGGUGAUCCGGCCGCAGCCAUGCUUGAUAACUAUGAUGAAAAUGAAAAAGAACCAAAAAUUUUACCGGCUAAUCUUAAUUUGUUAUUAAAUGGCUCAAGUGGUAUUGCGGUAGGAAUGAGUACUAGCAUUCCACCUCAUAAUUUAGGGGAAAUAGUUGAUACAACAACCGAGUUAAUUAAUAACCCUGACCUCAACACUGAAGAAUUAAUAAACAAUUUUCCCACUGGCGGACAAGUACUAGAACGAGAAAAAUUACAAGAAAUUUACGAAAAUGGUGAAGGUGCCAAAGGCAAAGGAACCAUCUAUAUCCGAGCCAAAGCCGAAAUUACUUCUAGCAAACAGGAGAAAGAAAAAAAAGACCUAAUCAGAAUUACUGAACUACCUUUUAAAGUUAAUAAAUCUAAAUUAAUAACCCAUAUCAAUCAAAUAAUUAAAGAUAAAAAAAUUCCUGGUCUAAAAAAUGUGGCUGACUAUUCCAGUUAUGAAGAAGAAGUAAACAUUCAUUGUCGUUUUGACCCUGACUAUGAUGGAGAAGUAAUUCUUAAUCAAUUAUACAAAAAAACCAAAUUACAAGAUUCAUUUUCUUUCAAAAUGCGAGCUUUGAUUGAUGACCAACCUAAAGUAUUUUCUUUGAAAGAAAUUCUUCAAGGAUUCAUUGAAAAAAGGCUAGAAAACAUUCAAAAAAAAGCUCAAUUUGUUUAUAAUAAAAACCAAAAAGACUUAGUGAAUUUAGAAACCCGACGAUUCAUUAUCGAACAUUACCAAGAAAUUGCCGAAAUAGCCCAAAGUGCUACCUCCGAUGAAGAAAGAAGCCAAAAAAUCAAAAAGCGUUUUUCUCAAGAAAUAAAAGGAUUACAAGAACAGCUGCAAGAGAUCCAAGAUGAAAUCGUUGAUUUACCAGCCGAAAAACCUCGUGAUCCAGAACAAGAAGUCAUUAAUCGUAUUUUAGACACUCCGGCUAGUUUUCGCCAAUUUACUCCCGAAAGAAGAGAAAAAUUACAAAAUGAUAUUAAUGUUUUAAAAGAAAAUAACUCUCAACAACAGUUAUUAAUUACUCAGCAAGAACAAAGAAAGCAAAAACUAAUUCAAGAAUUAGCCGAAUUGAAAAAAGAUUACGCUCACGACCAAAGGAGGACUGUCAUUACUUCGCACGUUCACUCGAUCGCGGAAAGACAAUUAAUUCCUCAUGAAGACCGAAUUGUUUUGCUUAGCCGUUCAGAAAACAAGAAAGAAAAUAAAUUUAAUAAUUACUUAGCUGUCUACAACCUAACUGCCCUAGAACCAACUAACAUUCCAAGCCAAGGAAAAGAAUUAAAAACUCGCGGAGAAAACUGA